GUUGAUUGUUGUAGCCUAUUAAGAAGCUUGAUAGCUUCUUAAAUAGCUCUCUGGAAUGCUUGUCAGCCUACAUUCCGUGCGCUAAAUUUAGUUGGCACGGCUAUGGAAUGAGAAUUUAAGUGACUUUCUAUAUAUAAAUAUAAAUAGAAUACGUUAUAAUUUUAAUAUUUAUAACAUCGCUGUGUUCUGCAUGAUGUGGGGUAGCUAACUUGAUGGAAAGCGGCCAUGUUUUCUUCGCUAUUUAGAAGAAAUACGCCGAGGCAAGAAGUACCUGCCGUCAGCCUAAAAAGUGCGAAACCUGUAGAUAAAUCAUCUAAGCCUAAUCAGAAACGUCUCUACGGACCGGAUAUCCAGUUUGAUGACCGCAAUUCGAACGCGUCUGGCGAAAUUGAUAAUGAACUGCUCAAUAAUUGGAUAAACAAUAAGAGCAACCAGCAACAAACGCCAUCGUCUACCCUCAAAUUGGAAUGUAACCUUAAACGGAAUAGUUUACGCAUUCUAACAAAUGAUAAAGCAACUUCAAUAAAGAGUACAGAAUCUGACAGACCAGUUUCACCUUCAAUGUCAAUAGCCCCAAUUUCGAGACAAUCACAGUCACUCAGGUUUAUUUGCGAUUCCACCAGUCCAAAGGUCAGAGUAUUACUCACUUGGACAGAUUCUGAACAGCCAUUUCUCGAUCAGUUAAUCGACGGUGGUUGGGAUAAAAUGUGGCAGUCACCCAGCAAGUUGGACCUCAUUGCACAUGAACAAAAAUUAACCAAAUCUGAGGACUCAGAGACAGAUUCAACGAGUUCUAAUGAUUUGAAGAAAGUAGAACUGAAGCUCAGAAUUGACUUAGUAUGUUCUGACGUAAAUGGUGCCCCAAUUUCGCCUUUGAAUAAACAAUCUACAUAUCUUAACAUACAUCGCUGUGACGAAUGCUGGUUGCUGAGGGUUGACAAGCGUGUUGCUAAUAUUGGUAGCAACCUGUAUGAUCUCCACGAAAUUUACGGUUUAUCAUCACAUACAAAGGAAAACAACGAUGACGUCAAUCAAGUAAUCGUUGACGAUCACGUUGGUGGUGAAUGUGUUAUAUGUCUAGCAUCAGCAAGGGAUACGCUUUUAUUGCCAUGUAGGCAUCUAGUUGCAUGUAAGGAUUGCGCGACUAGAAUGACAGAUUUCGGUUCAGGCGCACAAACAGAAAGAGAUGGUGGCAUAUGGGGUACAGAGAAUAACGAACCUACUACAUUAAAUAGCAAUGAAAAUGACAGAGUUAUCGCUGCUGAAGCCGGAAAUAACAAUAAUAAUAACGAAACCCAUACUAGGCCUUCACGCAGACGCAAGCGUAAGCCAAAAGGAUGGUAUUGCCCUGUUUGUAGGCAACCUUAUACCGCAAUGCUUCGAGUUGCUUAUAAAGACUGAAUUUGAUUGUAUUUUUAAGAGAUUGAUUUGCUUGAGCUUAUUUCAAUGACCUUUUUGUUAACGGGCUAUAUGUGAAAUCACAUAUUUAUAUUAUCCUGCACUUCAACUUUCGAAAUAACUAGUUUAUCAUUUCUUUGUAAGUAUAUUAGUCGCAUUGGAAACUCUGGUAUCUGUUCUGCAACUUUGGUUGCAUCUUUUUGUGACCUUUUUACCACUUUGGUCUAGUUACACUUGAUAGUCUUUCGAAAAUUGGUUAUUCUCAUUUCCUCGAUUCAUUAGCAUCAGUAUAUUAGGAUAUUUCUGAAUGAUUUGUAUUCUGUAUAGUGCCUUAUCAAUAUUCCUAUUUAUAUAUACCACUUCUGGUUUUCUUCCUUUUGGGAUGAGGUUAUAAUAGCUAUACAUCAUACACAACUUCUUAUGAUUGUGUUGAACUUCUUUGUGUCGAUUUUGAAGCUGCUAGCUCGUUACACACUCUGGAAACAUGAAUAUAAGUCCUUACAGUCAUUGUCAUAUUUCUGAAGUUAAAAUGUUUUAGCUCAUAUAUAUUUAUCUAAAUUUCAUUGGUUGUUUUUGGCACAUUAACUUCCCUAGC